GUACAGUGCAUGGGGAGGGUACACCACCCACCUUCCCGGCUGCAGUGCCACCAGAUGACUCCAGCAGACCUCACAGCGUCUAUGAGAACUUCCAGCACUGGCAGCGCUUCAAGACACUGGUCUGCAGGCACCUUCCUCAGACUCCUGAUGUGGAAGCACUUUCCUGCUUCCUCGUCCCAGUGCUUCCAUCUCUGUCCCAAUGGGAGCCCACCAUAACCAUGGAAGAGGGCCUGCUGAAGGGUUUGCAGGAAUGGCAGUGCACAAGCAACUUUGACAGAAUGAUCUUCUAUGAGUCUGCAGAAACGUUGUCCUCAUGCAUGACAUACCAGACCAAGGUGCACAAGAAUAAGGUGGCCAAGACCAAAGGGCCUGAGAUCAAGGUGCCCGAGGAGAUCCCACCUGAAGCCAUCCAAGAGUACAUGGACAUCAUAGAUGAGCUAUUCGGGCCUACUAAUUUUGCCAAUCUCCUGAGCUAUGUUGAUGAGGACUUUGUCAACAAGGCAGAGAAUAUGAUUCAUCCCCACUUUCUUAAAGAAUUACUUUCCUCUAAACCAUAUAUAAAUAUUAAUAUCUUGGCCCUAACAAUGGUGGAGCAGCAGGAAGGACUCACUACUGAUCAG